AUGAACGGGUCCGACUUCCGAACCAGCCAGUCCUCCUAUGGCGACCCCCGCCAUUAUUCUGCGACCUCCGUGGGCCCUCCACAGCCGCCCCCGUCCAAGGUCCUUCUUGAUGGCUACCAAAACAACGUUGAUGCGCUUCAGGGGGAAUCGCCGCGAUAUAACCCGUUGAAUCCGACACACCCGCGCAGUUCCGCUCUCCUGAACGCCAACGAUCCCGUCACCAUGUACUUACUCACCGAGACCGCCAUGGGCGACAGUGCCCAUUACGAGAUCCUGUCCCUCGAGGAGGUCGAGUCGCUGAAGAAAGAGCACAAGUUCCUCGCCGGUCGCAUGGACGGCGCUAAGCGGAAGUUGGCGCUGGAGAUGAAACUGCGCGAUGCCGCCUCCUCCCUCAACCGGCUAUACGGCGCCAAGAGUCCCAGGGGCAGUGAGGAGUACGCCGCGGGGGGUUCGCCCAAGUCCCAUCGCCGGAGUGGGAGCAUCUUUGGCCGCACCCCCGGCUCCCAGGACAAGGCGGACGAGGAGCUGGCGGUGAGCUCGCGUAAAUGCGACGAGCUGGCCCACGAGAUCUGGAGCGUCGAGGGCCGCGUCGCAACCAUCCACCGCCGUCUGCUCGAGCACACCGCCGGCGUGCUGCAGCUGACCCACAAGGGCCUGAAAAAGAACCCCAAGAACAACAUCCCCCACACCCCGGAGAGCCUUUCGAGCCACAACACCCAGGGCAGCGUGGACGAGUUCGACGACCGCAGCCUGUACCGCCCCUUUGACCACGGCGACGAGUUCGGCUAUGCGAGUCGGGCGCCGCCCGUCCCCGCGGACCCCAGCACGCCCAGUGCGCCCAGCGCGCUCGGCCUGGACGCGGUGCAGAGCAUGGAGCGACGGCUCGAGGAGCUCAGCGCGCGGAUGCGCGACCAGGUCUCCCGGUCCAACCCGGACAGUGAGUUCCAUGCGGUCCCCCUCCCCGCGCACCGGGGCAGCCCAACGGAUCCAACCGCAGGUCUAGAGGCCCACCUGGCCUACAUCACCAGCGCGCUCGGGAUGAUCCACGCCCACCCGCCGCCCCCAGACGCCACGCCGACCCGGGGCGGGGACGACGGACCGUCCGUCGCCCACCUCGGGGACCUCAACGCGCGCAUCUUCGACAUUGUGGCUCAGUCGGGCCUGCCGCAUUCCCAGACCCUCCCCCCGCCGCCGGAGGCGGCCGACGGCGGCGUGUCGGAGCAACUGGCCUACCUGGGGACCGGACUGGACGGGCUUCAGCGCCGCAUCGAGGGGCUUUUGGACCAGAAGAGCAUCCUGACCACCCAGAUCCAGCAGCAGCGCGAGCUCAACUCCAAGUCCGACGCCGAGCGAGACGCCCAUAUCGGCGACCUGGUCGAGCAGCUGGCGCACGUCCGCAAGGACCUCGAAGGCACGGAACGCGACCACCAGCGGUCCCAAGACGAGAUGGGUCUGGUCGUGGGCCAGCUGGAGGCCGUCCGCCGCGAGCUGUCCGACCACCAACAACGCAGCGUGCCCGCCGAGGAUGCCGGCGCUCUGUCCGCCGAGAAGGACGCCCGUGCGCACGCCGAAGCGGAACUCGUCCGCCUGCAGGCCAUCGUGCAGGAGCUGGAGCGCGACCGCGCGGCCCAGGCCGAGGCCCACGAGGCCCGUCUGCGCGCCGAGAGCGAGGUGGCUCGUCUGGAGUCGGAUCUGGAGGCGCUUCGAUCCCAACCGACCAGCGACCCCGAGGAAAUGGCCGCGGUGCGCGCACACGCCGACAGCGAGAUCCAGCGCCUGCAAGGCAUCAUCGACCAGCUCCACAGCGAGGCCGAUGCCCGGGCGGAAGAAGCCGCCGAGGCGCGCGAGCGCUCGGAGCAGCAGAUGGCGGAACUCGAAGCCUCCAUGCAGCAGAUCCGCUCCGAAUCGGACGCCCGCGUCCGCGAGUCGAUGGAGAAGCGCGCCCAAGCCGAGGGCGAAGUCGCGCAGCUGCAGGCCUCCAUGGAACAACUCCGGUCGGACAUCCAAUCCCAGCUCCAAGAAGCCACCGACGGCCACACCCGCGCCGAGGCGGACGCCACCCGCCUGCAGACCGAGCUGACGCAGAUGGAGGGCGAGGUCGCCCGUCUCCAGACGGAGCUGACCAUGGCCAAGGCGGAGCUGGACGGGGCCUAUGGUUCCCGGUCCGAGCGGGCCGCGGCGGCGGCCAACUCGGCGAUCCAGGAGGAGAUCGACGCGCUGAACACCCGCAAUCUGGAGCUCAUGGAAGAGCUCGCGGGCCUGAAGGCCGGGAAACCGGGCGGCGGUACCCCCGACAGACGGGUGCAGAUGCUGGAGAAGGAGCUUCGCGAGACCGUCGACGACUACGAAAGCAUGACCAAGGCCAGUAUUGAGUUCGAGAAGGAGCGCGAGCGGUUCGAAGGGGUCAUCGAUACCCUCCGGGACCGCUGCGAGCAGCUGGAGACCCAGAUCAACGAGGAACGGAUCCAAUGGAUGGGCAUCCACCACGCGCCCAUGUCGCGCGACGGGACCACGUCGGAGACUACCUCGACCAUGGUGCUCAAGAACGAAUUCAAGAAGAUGAUGCGCGAUACUCGGAUUGAGAACAUGAGGAUCCUCAAGGCCGAACAGGAAGAACGCCGCAGGCUCGAAAACCUGAUCCGAUCGUUGAAGAAAGAGCAGGCCAACGCGGCCGCGGCUGCGAGCCAACCCACCACCCCAGGCGUCGCGACAUGAACAUCAUGAUAUCCCCUUUUCCGUUCUCGUUACAUGCUGUCACCCUUCUCGGUUACCCCAUUGUUAAUUUUCUUCGAUGAUAUCCAUUCUCCGUACAUAUUAAUGCCUGAUUGUCACAUGCUCUAUGUUUCUACCAUUUAUCUUACCAUUUGAUUCCCCUCUCGGUUGCUGAUUGAUUGGGUGUAUAUAAGCUUUAGAUGAUUU